AUGAAUGCUUCUGUAUUUUUGCAUCAUUUUUGUGAUUUACAUGGACCAACUAUUUUACUUUGUACAGAAACACGAUAUAUCCAUGAUACUGAUGAUGAUGACUUGUUAGAUACUUUUUAUUCGCAAUAUACCAAAGCAGAAAAUUUAAUUACAAAACCAGAAUGCAAAUCUUGUACAUUGUCACUUGAUUCUAUUCUUGUUUCGUCAAUUGAUCCAGAUUGUCAUCUUCUAUUUAUAUCCGCACCAAACCCAAACAAUCAAGAAUUAUAUAAAAACGGAAGAAAUGCAUGUUUAAGAAGUCUCAAUUGUGAAAGAGCGGCUGAUAUUGAUCAAGGUGUAUUAUUUGGUGAUGAUGAAAAUGGUUACUGUCUUUCGUUUACAUUCUCCAUAAAAGAUUUUCACGCUCGUGGUAAUCAACAUCUCUAUUCUCUUUGUUAUUUGACAUCCGAUAAAUAUUAUAUUAUAUCUAUACUACCAAUUAUUACCGAAUAUAUGAAACAAAUUGCUAAAUGGAUGCAAAAUGAUGCUACUUUGACCUAUGAAAAAGAAGCAAGAAUUAAAGGAGUAGAUCAAAUGACACCAUCAACACUUUCAUCUGAAAAAUAUGGUCAUGUAAUAACAACAUUACCAGCAUACGUUUAUAGAGUGUUACCUCAUGUGCCUAAAAAUAGGGCACUUUCAGAAAUCACACAUGAUCAACAUAUAACCUAUAGAAUACAUUCACUCUUCGUAUGGUUAUUGCGAUCGACAAAUAGGGCUAUUCAAGAAAACCUAUUUGAUGCCAUACCAACCGAAGAAGAAACAACGAAAAUGGAAAGAAAAGAGGUACUCGAUGAUUCUUCUGAUCCAGUAUCAUCAUCUUCACCAACUGCCAUAACUCGACGUCGAUUAACUCUUGUUAAUUUUAUUCCAUCAUCACAAAUCGGUAAUUCAAUAUUAGCAGUGAAUGAUUUAACUGUUGAUUUAUAUAGUGACAACAAUUCUCAAGAAUAUGAUUUUUCGACUUGCGCAAAUGAUGCAUUAAGAUUAUUUCAACAAUUUAUGGAAAAAAUUAAUCAAAUAAAACAUGUACAUUACAUUCUUUAUCAUCUAUGCAUUGGAAAUCAGAUUAUUAUCAAAUAUUCGAGUAAAAUGAAGACAAAAGAAACAAUUAGACAAUUUCUCUGUCUAUUGAGACUUUUGUUACCAGAUGGUUGUUGUCGUCUGGUUGAAUCAUCAGCAUACGUGUUGUCUUGUUCAGCAAAUAUUCUAGUCUUAGACAGUGAUACAUCUCCAUCAUGUGACAGUGAUAUACCACUAAAUAAUAAUAACAACAGUACCGAUAGUUUAGUGAUACUAAAAAUAACUAUUGAUAAUGAUGAUAAAAAUAUUCAAGAAGUCAAAAUGGAAACGCCCGUUGUACAAGAUUUCAUAGUACCAUCCUAUAUUAAAACUGUAAUCGAUUUAUUAUCUGAUACAACGAUGGAAACAGAAGCAUUUGAAUCAGUUGUUGUUUAUCACAAAAUGAAAUAUUUAAAUAAAUCAAAAUUAUUAUUUCAACUUGGUCGCUUGCGUUCAAAACAAAACCUGUCUGAUAAACAAUUACUUGAUAUAUUAAAUUUAAAAAAUUCAUCAGAUUUAGAAAUGGUGCGUUUUUGGCAACGUGGUCUCAGUUUAGCUUACCGAACACGAAUACGUACAUUAAUAAGUGAUUAUCAGUAUUUUCAACAACAGCAAAACAGUAGAUAG